UCUUGUGUAGAGCGAAGGAAGCGGAGCCGUUAGCUCGAGAUCUGCACUGACAGCCGACAGACUGACAAACAAACCGUCACUCUGCUCCCGACAGACUGCGUUAACGUCAGAAACGGAGAGCAAACAUGCGUUACGAUGUGUCAAGAUGUCUAUCCGAUGUGUUUCGCGGAGGAUAUGUGCUUUUGAAGACGGCAGAGCGCUAAAAACUGACGGCGCCUCAGAGUCGCGCGAGUCCCGCGACUGGAGAGUUUCAACUGCGAGGGCGGCCUGAGGGAAACUCUCACUCCGGGACAUGGCCUUCGUUUAGGCCACGGAGGAUAAACACACGGGCUCGGAAGGAUUAAACACAGCUGGAAUAAAGCUGUCGUUGUGUUUGGAGCUUCAGGAGUUUCAGUUUGAAGGAUUUAAAGGACUAAAAAUGGCGCGAUGAGGACGGAGCUCUGAGGGAGUCUUGCGUUAGCGUGACGCUAACUGAAAGUUACAUGACAUAUUUUCAUAUACAUUGCGUUGCUACGCUUACAUUGGAGAUGUGCGCUGCGCUUUGACGUGUUGAGAUACACUUAAAGUUGUCAAAAUGUCUAAAAUGCCAUCGAAAAAGAAGAGCUGUUUUCAGAUCACCAGCGUAACGCAGGCUGCGCAGGUGGCGGCCAACAGCAACACUGAUGACCCCGACGAGCCCAGGACUGAGGACAUGUCCUCAUCCGAGAUAUACGACAUGUCCAAAGCUGGAGAUUUCGAGCCGGAGACGUGUGAUGUCAGUUUAUCGGAUGAAUCGCUACAUAACGAGGCCGAAACAUCUGGGGCGAGCACCCAAGAUGCUCCCAUAACAAACAUACCUGGUUCUCGCAACGAAAGUGCGGUUCAUAUAAACCCACCUGUCCGUUCAGUCAGUGGGUCUGUAUCUUCCCAGUCUCCGGUUGCAUCUAAUGCACCAUCCAGCAUCCAGACGUCAUCAGUUAGCAGUUCUGCCACAGUAAGUAGCUGCAGCUCCCGUUUCAGGGUCAUCAAAUUAGACCAUGGCACAGGUGAACCCUUCAAAAGAGGUAGGUGGACUUGCACCGAGUUUUACGAGCGAGAUACGGACGCUUCCUCGUCUGGCCGGACUGUGGAUAGCGUUAAACACGCAAGUGAUCACAGCGUGGACAGGGACGGAUUAGGAGUCACCAGAGGUUCGGUGGCUGUGCAUGUUGGGUCUUCAACAUCUGCAGCAGAACCUCAUACAGAUAGUGGCUACUUAUCUGCACCAUCGAACCCGCCUGUGGAGCUUCAGCAACAAACCCUAGGCAUCUCGCAGCAGGGAUUAGGGCUUGUAGCCCAGAAUACCCAUAUCAAAUCUCCAAGCAUGCCUUUGGCAACUCAACCACAGCCAUUUUUCCCAGGCAAACAGGUGCAGAAACCUGGGCAGAUUCAUCAGAGUGUUAUUCCAUCGAAUCAGUCCCAGACGGUCUCGGUGGCUUCGCUUCCGCUCGUGACCCCGUUAAACCAGGGUCCGUCACCUGUCAUGACUCCUGCAGCGGGAAGCACCGCUCACGUGCUUGGAUUAGUUCCCCAGCCCGUGGACGGCAGAGGGCUUCCCAUCAGCCAGCCGGAGCAUGUUCAGGGGCUUUUACAGCAGCCAGGCAUCAGCACGGCUCUAGGGACCGUGUCGGCUGCAGCUGUUGUACAGCAGGCACCAGUGCCGCUCAUUCAGCCGGCGGUAAUCGUGUCUGUCAGCGCCCUUGCUGGGGUCCCUGGUGUGCAAAAUGUGCCUGCUGUUAUGUCCAGUGCCUCUAAUGCCCUCCAAAGCAUGCCAAAACAGACGCCGCAGAAUCCGACUCAGGGAGUCCACGGCGGGUCGCUAGAAGGACUGGGUGCGCAGACGACCCCCGCUAACUUUAGCCAGUUUCCCACCGGCGUCGCCCAGGCCAUGGAGAACCAGAGGAAGCCCGACGGGCUGCUCCAGAGCUCUGUACUCAUAGGAAAAUAUGCCAUCAAACCCCUGAAUCCCGAGGGCUUGCAGCUUCACACACCUGCUGUCAACAGCCUGUUUGGAAUGGCUAUACCCAUUGAUGGGGAUGAGGACAGGAAUCCCUCCACGGCUUUCUAUCAGGCCUUCCCAAACGGCAGGUCAAAGGCCAUCAGUGAUGGUGCCUCUGGCGCCAGUGUUGUGGCCAUUGAUAACAAAAUAGAGCAAGCUAUGGAUCUUGUGAAAAGCCAUUUAAUGUACGCUGUGCGCGAGGAAGUGGAGGUCUUGAAGGAGCAGAUCAAGGAGCUCUAUGAGAGGAACUCGCUUCUGGAGAGGGAGAACGCAGUAUUAAAAUCUCUGGCCAACACUGAUCAGCUGACCCAGCUCAGCUGUCAGCACAACAACCUCGGCAGCACUUCACCCCAACAGACGGCGGUCAACGCCAUCCUACAGGAAGGAAGCAAACUCGUGGCCUUGCCCCCGCAACCCAACGUGUCCACAGCGUGAAGACCAUAAAAAACAUCCAAUCUGCAAAGGAGGUUUUGGUUUGCCACUUGCAGAGAGCCAUGCUUCGUUAUACGUGCUGCUUGGCUUUCCCUGUAUUAGACAAUCAUUUUGGGAGAAGCAAAUUUGGCUCCACGAUGGGUGCGGUAGCUUUCCGUGGGAAUGGGCUGCUGGCAGGCGCGGGCGAAUGUGAAAGAGUUCAGUCGAAAAGUGGAGAAUUAGCAGGAAGCUAAACUAAACAGAUUUAGAUCUGGAAACGGAGAGCAACUACCGUGGAAAGCUUGGGAGAGCCUACAGCAUGAGUCCUUUCGUCGGUUUAGUUUUACUGUUUGCAUAUAUUUAUUAGAGGGCUGCUAUUUUCAUAAUGUAAAUGAACAAUGUAAGAGAGAUCUAUUAUAUAUAUAUAUAUAUAUAUAAGAAACGUUCUUUUGGUUUCUGAAAUGUAAGAUACUUGUUUAACAAGGCAAUAAUGUCCCCAUGGCACAGUUCCAACACUAAAAGUGAUUCAACAGCAUUGCUGAUACACAGUCCUGUAUAGUUGAGUUGGUUCGGGGUUGAAUGUACAUGUGUAUAGAUUGUGAAGUAUUAAAGUAUAGCCAGGUGUACAGGUGAGCAGCAGUUAUCAAGUAUUUUUCUUUCGGAUUUUAUUAAGUGUACUCGCUAUACUUUCCGUAAGUACUUAAAUUCUGGCUUUUCAAUUCGUUUUGUAUUUUCAAUUCGGGAUGGGGGAAGAAGCUGUGAAUUAGUUCGUACAAUGUAUUUGUAACCAAAGAAGAAAAGCUGUGUACAUUUGUUUUGUAGCGCACAUUUUCUUGUUUGUUUGUUCGCUCGCGCUUUUUUUUUUUUUUUGAACUUCGUCACCUUUUGUUUCUGAUUAGCAUGUGCUGCAUGACCUAUCAAGACUAUUUUCUUACCUCAUGUUUUUUAUUCGUCAUAAUUUAAGCAGUCUGUGAACCAUAUGUGAUUAUGGACGGUGAAGGGUGAUUUUUGGAGGGAAAAAACCCGGUAACGUUAACAAAACAAAAAAAAAAUGAGUCAUCUGUUUUCAUUUGCAUGGUGUUGUAAGACUUGAUGUACAAACAAAUGUUUAUUACUUCGCAGGAAAUGUACAAAAAUAAAUGCCGAUUUAUAUUUCCAGGUGUAGUUUACACUGAUAACCUUCAAAGAACGAUAAAAUAAUCAUCGUAAUGAAAUCAAAGCCGCAGAAGUGUUCACAGAUGUCAUUUAUGUAUAGGGUAUGUUAAUUUCUUUUGUGCCUCUAUGGAUGCAGCAAUCUGGAUUAAUAUUUUUUUUGCCCAGUUUGAGCCAAACAGAAAUAUUGUACAAUCACUGUACAUCGGUCUGAAAUUUUUAGGUUUGCUUGUUUUUCUUUUUCGUUGAAGGAAAUGUAGUAUACAAGCAAAAUGUAUUGUACUUGAUCACUGAGCCUUUGAGAAUAUCUUAAAAAUACCCUUGUAAUGUGCUGUUUUGAAAAGUUUAGUUUUCUGUCAGAAAUAAAUUACUGUUCCAUUGAGAACUAAACCAUU